GCGCCCGGCCGCGGCAGGGAGUCCCGCCCCGAGCCGGGGGGAAGCGGUCGGCUGCCAGUCGGAGAGCCCUGCCGCGGGGUAACGUGCUGCCGGCGGAGGGUCCUGCCGCGGGGAAAUGCCAUUUAUUUCUCUGUUUAUAUGGUACCUGGAGCAUGGAAGCCUUGAUCUGUGCAGGAGCACCAUGGCAACACCACAGCAUAAAUUAGUGAUUUCCUAAACCAAAACACCUGUUAUUGCCUGACUCUUUCAGAAUCUGAUUUUAUUUUUCCUUUUUGUUGAAGAAAAAUGCCUUCCUUAAGCGGGAAAGUACAGACUGUCUUGGGCCUUGUGGAGCCAGACCACCUUGGCUAUACGUUGACUCAUGAACACUUGGCCAUGAACUACAGCAGCAGUUUUUUGCCACCUUCUCCAGGCCAAGAGCCUCUGUCUGAUGGGCCCAUUGAGAUGAAGAACUUGUUUUGGAUUAAGCAAAAUCCAUACAGCCAUAAAGAAAACCUUCUUCUGUAUCAGGAAACAGAUGCUGUGAAGGAGGAGCUGUUGCAUUUUAAAGAAGCAGGUGGUGGGACGAUUGUGGAAAACACGACUACAGGAAUUGGUCGAGAUAUGAAUACUUUGAAGAAACUUGCUGAAGAAACUGGAGUCCAUAUUAUUGCUGGCGCUGGGUUUUAUGUGGGUUUUACUCAUUCUUCUCAAACACAGGCCAUGACAGUGGAGCAGCUUACAGGCAUUAUUGUUGAUGAGAUACUCAAUGGAGCGGAUGGGACAGACAUCAAGUGUGGUGUAGUGGGAGAAAUAGGUUGCUCCUGGCCUUUGACUCAGAGUGAACACAGAGUGCUUCAGGCAACAGCGCAGGCUCAGUCACAGCUCGGGUGCCCUAUUAUCAUCCAUCCUGGCAGGCACAGCGAUUCACCUUUCCAGCUUAUCCGCAUUCUGCAGGAAGCUGGGGCUGAUGCUUCAAAGACAGUCAUGUCUCACCUCGACAGGACCAUAUUUGAUAAAAAGAAACUUCUGGAAUUUGCUGACCUUGGGUGCUAUUUAGAGUAUGACCUAUUUGGUACAGAAUUUCUUCAUUACCACUUCCAUCCUGAGAUUGACAUGCCGAGCGACAAUGACAGAAUUACAAGGAUUCGUAUGCUGGUGGAUGAAGGCUACGAAGACAGAAUUCUGAUUGCUCAUGAUGUGCAUACUAAGAAUAGGCUGAUGAAAUAUGGAGGCCAUGGAUAUUCACAUAUCCUUAAAAAUAUAAUUCCUAAAAUGCUGAUUAGAGGUAUAUCCCAAGAUAAAAUUGAUAAAAUACUCCUAGCAAAUCCAAAGCGGUGGCUGACUUUUAAGUAAGAAUAAUGAAUAAACAUUCCUGUUUUAAAAUGAAUCUUGAUAAAAUUUGCAUUUGUUUCCAGAGAGCAGUCAUUUUAAAACAUGAUUCUUUUCAGAGAAGCUGGAAGUUACUAGUUAGAUGUGAACAAACUGAUUAUGAUUUUUCUCUUUAAUGAGAAAAACAAACUAAUAUAUAUCCUCUCUGCAUUUUCUCCCUUUUAGAAGUCUGUCCAUGAAUAAUUUACUCAAUAUGAGCCUACCUGCAAAAUCUUUUCUAUCGAAAUUUUAAAAUUAUUGUUUCUACAGGGUAAUCUAAUACUACUAUUAAAUGUUAACCAAAGUAUUAUUGAAGAUGCAGCAUCUGGACUUCAAAGGAAUUAGAGUUUUGAAUUAAAUUCACCUUAUCCAGGGGGUGAUUUUAAUCCUUGUAAUAUUGACAAUGUUCUAAUUAUCCUUAGGUUCUUUAAAUAGUGCUUUCUAAAAGGUCUGUGACUUCUAUAUAGCUUCCACAGACAACAGAAGGCAAAAAGAACUUCAAGUAAUUCUAGAAAGAUAUUGUUUCUUUCUAGUUUAUCAACUUAUUUUUAACUGACAGUGCAAAAAUUACUUGGAAAAUAUAUUUUUGAAUAAAGCAAUUUGAUGACUUCUUAA